AUGAAGCACCUGGGGGUACGACUGGAUCCCGGCAUGACGUUCAACGCGCACUUCGCCUCCAUGGAGGCUAGGCUAGGGGGUGUCACGAGGACGCUGGCGAGGCUGAUGCCAAACCUGAGGGGGCCAUCCGAAUUUAGGCGCAGGCUAUACGCUGAAACACUAUUCGCGGUGAUAAUGUACGGCGCUCCGGUGUGGGGGGAUGUGGCGAGGUCCUCAAAAGUGCGUGAACUGCGGUCGACCAGGACGUGGUCCCCGAGCAUGGUCAAAACGAUUAGGGAGGAGGAACUGCGCGUAGCCCGCGGGCAAUGGAGGGUGCACCUCGGAAACGCGGGGCUCCCCAGCGAGAGGCUGAGGUUAUCUAUCCUAGCGAACUUGACGGGAUGGUUCGACAGGGCACACGGAAGCAUGACUCUCUGCGUGACCCAAGUCCUGACAGGCCACAGGUACUUCGCAGAUUUCCUAUACAGAAUAGGGAAGACGGAGAGGCCGACUUGCUGGUACUGCCGGCUGGAGGAAGACACGGCGAGCCACACGGUGGAGGCGUGCCCCGCGUGGAAAGAUGAGAGGGAUGCCCUAUAG